AUGACUGCGAAGACACGAGUGAAAAGUUCGCUGUUUGCCCGAGGCCGCCGGCUACUGGGAAGGACGUGCUUCGUGUGGCACGCACUGAAGCUCCGAUACGACUUCGCCGGAAAUGCACUUCAUCGUUUUACUACUACCGUAAUGAGAAAGAAAACCGUGGCUUGUGAUCGAGGUUGUCGAGCGGAGACAAAUUGCGGUGAAACCAUCAUACCUGCGGAACAUUUGCUGGUAAGGUAA